CCUAGAAGCAAACCUGGAGAUGAGACCUGAAGAAAUCUGGAACAAUGUUGAGUUUGUACAGUUAGAAGAAGCAAACUCUGUCCCACGAAAGUCCACCAUCAAUGUAGAUGAGGAAGAUGAGGCUCUCCAAAUCUGCCGUGUAUGUGGGGACAAGGCCAAUGGCUAUCACUUCAAUGUCAUGACAUGCGAAGGAUGCAAGGGCUUUUUCAGGAGGGCCAUGAAACGCAAUGUCCGGCUGAGGUGCCCCUUCCGCAAGGGCACCUGCGAGAUCACCCGGAAGACGCGGCGGCAGUGCCAGGCCUGCCGCUUGCGCAAGUGCCUGGAAAGCGGCAUGAAGAAGGAGAUGAUCAUGUCUGAUGCCGCGGUGGAGCAGAGGCGCGCCCUGAUCAUGAGGAAGAAGAAGGAACGGAUCGAGGCUCAGCCUCCCGGAGUGCAGGGGCUGACGGAAGAGCAGCGGAUGUUGAUCGCGGAGCUGAUGGACGCUCAGAUGAAAACCUUUGACACCACCUUCUCUCAAUUCAAGGAUUUCCGACUGCCGGAAGUGUUUAGCAGUGGCCAGGAGAUUCCAGAGUUUCUACAGACGUCAGUGGGAGAAGAGGCUCUCUCCUGGAGGCAGAUCAAGGAAGAGCUGUGUCCCAUGAAGCUCUCUCUGCAGCUGCGGGGGGAAGAUGGCAGCGUUUGGAACUACAGACCCCCAGCCAACAGCAACGGGAAGGAGAUCAUCCCUAUGCUGCCCCAUCUGGCUGACAUGUCAACCUACAUGUUCAAAGGCGUCAUCAACUUUGCCAAAGUCAUCUCCUGCUUCAGGGACUUGCCCAUUGAGGACCAGAUCUCCCUGUUGAAGGGGGCCACCUUUGAGAUAUGCAUACUGAGGUUCAACACGUUGUUCAACACAGAGACUGGGACCUGGGAUUGCGGUCGGCUGGCCUACUGCUGUGAAGACCCUGAAGGUGGCUUCCAGAAACUUCUGUUGGAUCCCUUGAUAAAAUUCCACUACAUGCUGAAGAAGCUACAGUUGCACAAAGAAGAGUAUGUGCUGAUGCAGGCCAUCUCCCUCUUCUCCCCAGACCGCCCAGGUGUGGUGCAGCGCAGCGUGGUGGACCAGCUGCAGGAGAGAUUUGCCAUGGCCCUGAAGGCCUACAUUGAGUGCAGUCGGCCACAGCCCACCCACCGGUUCCUGUUCAUGAAGAUCAUAGCAGUACUCACCGAACUGCGCAGCAUCAACGCCCAGCACACCCAGCGGCUGCUGCGCAUCCAAGACUCACAUCCCUUCAUCACCACUCCCCUCAUCCGGGAGCUGAUCAGCAGCACAGAUGGCUGA